AUGUUAGUCAAUUAUCAUAAUUCCACAAGAAAUAAACAAAAUAGUUGCAGAGUAAGAGACCCGAAAGAAGAGAAACGUUACGUUCAGCAGAUGUUGGUCGAAAAUCCAGUUAUUGUCGAACGUCGUGGACUAACCACCAACACCACUUCAGGUUCAGAAGAACCACUUAGUCGUGAGGAACAGUUGCGACCUCAGCGUGCUGAAUCUUGCCGGCGAUCAUGCAUUAAUAUUAAAAUCAAUAAAGCAAAGAUUAAAUAUCGGCAUAGAUAUAUUUUUGGGAAAUAUUCACAAAAUGUACAAAUGUUGGAACACCUCCGGAACAUCAUUAGCCAAGCGGAAUCACAUUUAACUCGUAAUGAUCUAAGUAAACGAGCUGGAUAUGGUUUAGAGUGA